AGGACACGCAGCCCCGGGUCGGCCCGUUGUUAUGACGACAUGGUCGUAAAUCCGCCAUCUUCCUGUGGCGCGUUGCGACAUGGAGGGCGCGAUGGAAGUGCGGGUGACGGCCGCUCAUACGGCAGAAGCCCGGGCCGAAGCCGGGCGUGAGGCGGGCGAGGGCGGGGUGGCGGCGGCGGCCUUGUCCUCCGGCGGCUUCCUUGGGCUCCCGGCGCCUUUCAGCGAGGAAGAUGAGGAUGAUGUGCACAGAUGUGGCCGCUGCCAAGUGGAAUUCACUGCCUUGGAGGACUUUGUCCAGCACAAGAUUCAGAAGACCUGCCAUCGGGCCCCACAAGAGGCCCUGCCCACCACCCCUGCCACCACUGCACUGCUGGACCAGGAGGUGGUACCCACAGCAGCAGAGGGAGGUCCAGAGGAACCCAUCACUGUGGCCCACAUCGUGGUGGAGGCCACCUCUCUAGCAGAAGACAUCAGCCAUGCUCCUGACCUUGUUGGAAGUGGGCACAUCAAAGAGGUCAUUGUGGCUGCUGAGGCAGAGCCAGGGGAUGGCGAGAUGGCAGAGGCUCCAGGCAGUCCUAACCAUCAGGAACUUGGGCUUAUUGGGGAGGGCGAGCAGGCCCAAGUCAAGCUGCUGGUGAACAAGGAAGGCCGCUACGUGUGCAUGCUAUGUCACAAGACCUUCAAAACGGGCAGCAUCCUCAAGGCCCACAUGGUAACACACAGCAGCCGCAAGGACCAUGAGUGCAAGCUCUGUGGGGCCUCCUUUCGGACCAAGGGCUCUCUCAUCCGGCACCACCGACGGCACACUGAUGAGCGCCCCUACAAAUGUGCCAAGUGUGGAAAGAGUUUCCGAGAGUCAGGCGCACUGACUCGGCACCUCAAAUCUCUCACUCCGUGCACAGAAAAGAUCCGCUUCAGUAUAAGCAAGGACACAGCUGUGGGCAAAGAGGAAGUGCCUGCAGGGUCCAGUGCCUCCACUGUGGGGACAGUGACAUCAUCAGUGGCAGGAGAACCCAUGGAGACAUCACCUGUGAUUCACUUGGUGACAGAUGCCAAGGGCACUGUCAUCCAUGAAGUCCAUGUCCAAAUGCAGGAGCUUCCCCUGGGCAUGAAAGCCCUGACCCCAGAGUCCCCAGGCUCUGAGGAGCUUCCCUGUUCCAGUGAGAACAGCCAUGAGAACCUGCUACAUCAGGCCAUGCAGAAUUCUGGCAUCGUCCUUGAGAGGGUCACUGGGGAGGAGAGCACUCUGGAGCCAGCCCCUCCCUCUGGCUCCAGUCCCCAGUCCCUGGGAGAUGGACCCCCAGAGCUGCCACUGCUGAAGGUGGAGCAGAUAGACACAGUGGCCAGUGAGGCUGCCACUGUGCCCAGGACCCACCCGUGCCCUCAGUGCAGUGAGACUUUCCCAACGGCAGCCACGCUGGAGGCCCACAAGAGAGGUCACAUAGGGCCGAGGCCAUUCACCUGCACACAGUGUGGCAAGGCCUUCCCCAAAGCCUACCUGCUCAAGAAGUGCUACAAGUGUGGCCGUGGCUUUGCAGAGCAUGGUACACUCAACCGGCACCUGCGCACUAAAGGGGGCUGCCUGCUGGAAGUGGAGGAGUUGCUGGUGUCUGAGGAGAGCCCCUCUGCGGCUGCCACUGUGCUUGCAGAAGACCCCCACACCGUGCUGGUGGAGUUCUCAUCAGUGGUAGCUGAUACCCAAGAGUAUAUUAUUGAGGCUACUGCAGAUGACACAGAGACCAGUGAAGCCACCGAGAUCAUUGAGGGCACCCAGACAGAGGUGGACAGUCACAUCAUGAAGGUGGUACAGCAGAUCGUGCACCAGGCUGGUGCUGGGCACCAGAUCAUCGUGCAGAAUGUCACCAUGGACCAGGAGGCAGCCCUGGGCUCAGAGGCAGCUGCUGCGGACACGAUCACCAUUGCCACUCCUGAGAGUCUUACUGAGCAGGUGGCCAUGACGCUGGCUUCAGCAAUCAGUGAGGGUACUGUGCUCACCGCCCGGGCAGGUUCAAACAGUACUGAACAGGCCACUGUGACAAUGGUGUCAUCAGAGGACAUAGAGAUCCUUGAGCAUGGAGGAGAGCUAGUCAUUGCUUCACCAGAGGGCCAAAUUGAGGUGCAGACAGUCAUCGUAUAGUUGGAGGGUCUCUGCUCUGGAAGAACAAGGACCUUGAGUAUCUGCCAGUACCUGCCUGGUCAGCAGACAUCCAAGUUCAGACAGCCAAAGGAGAGAGAGAGUGAAGAGUAAACAUGCAGUUUUGGAGUUUUUUGUUCGUUUGUUUUCUGCUUUACAAUAAAACAUAAAAAACC